AUGGCGGGCCAGAACAGGAAAUACGCAGGCAAGAUUUCGCAGUUCGACAAGAACAUUACCCGCCGUGGCAAUGUUCCGGAAAGCCGAAUUCGCAGCCAGAAUUCGUACCCAGUGGGGCCUCUGAUCCUCGCCCUUUUUCUUUUCGUCGUUGUGGGAUCUGCGAUUCUCCAGAUCAUUUUUUCAGCUCAGAGGGGAGCUAUUUGGUAG